AUGUCCCUAUUCCUAAAAUCCGACCUACUUAUGGUUACCCUUAACAACCCUCAGAAUCUAUUAAAUCAUGUCAAGGAUUCUCUAACAAUCAACACACCAAAUACAGAAGAGGCAAGAGUAGAUCAAAUCAAGGAAUUGGUGAAAUUAGAGACUUGGAUUAAAGAUGAGAAGAUUAUUUUGGAGACUGAAAUUAAGAAAAUCGAGUCAGAUUUUCCUAACAAGGUAAUCAUCUCUAUUUUAUCAUUUUUAAUGAUAAUUGGAGUUCUUGGAUAUUUGAUCUACACUGAGUACAUAGGACAGCUGAUAUCAACUGGAGUGAGAUUCCUAAUCAGUGGUGGAGCAAUUGUGGUACUCCUUAUUGUAGCAGCGUGCUUUAUUUCUCAUGAUCCUAAAAUGAGGGAAAAAAACCAAAAAGCAAAAGAAGGAGGGAAAAGAGAAGAGAAAUUACUCAUUGACUACAGUAACCUUGAAAAAGAGGAAGUGAUGGAGCCUAUGAUGAUGUCGGAAUUGAAUCAACGGCAGAUAGAUAUUAUUGAUUUUUACACGGAAGAAAUUGAACCGUUGCGACAAAAAAAUCGAGUCUGGAAGAAUCGACAGUAUGUUUUGUUAUUCUUCUUCUACACUGAAUGGGCCAUUUAUAGCCUAAUUCGAUACUGCGAUUCCGUCCGAUUCUUAUCUGGUUUCUCCAAAGUCGACCGAACCAAAAUUGACCCAGACGAUGUUAUGAUUGAGUUUACUAACUUUUUAUUCUUUGAAUCUAUUCUAGUUUUUGCUGGUUGUCUAUUGUAUCUGGAAUACUUAAAACCGCUGAAGGAAAGACUUUGUAUGCCUGAAGAAUUGAAAACUGUUGAGAUGCUUGUUUGA